CUGGGGUCCCUGCGGCUGGCGGUGGAGCCUUGUGCCUCCGCCAUAUUGUCAGUGUGAGGCCGGCGAGGGAGGAAGGAAGGAAGGCAGGCGGAGGGCCCGCAGCAGCCUCCUUCUCGUCCUCCUGAGAAUCUCUCCAUAGACUGAGAUUCUCAGAAGCCCAGCUCUGCAAGAUGAGAGACAGCUACUUGUGGAAUGCCAUUGCUCAGCCUUAAAGUUGAAAAAUUUAAAGUUCUACCUGAGACCCUCUCCUGUGACUUGCACUGAAAUUGGAAGUGACACAAACUUCAGAUCUUUAACGUAGCUUGGCCAACCAAUCUGUCCGAUAUGUCAGGACCUGUGCCAAGCAGGGCUAGAGUUUACACUGAUGUAAAUACACACAGACCACGAGAAUAUUGGGAUUAUGAGUCACAUGUUGUUGAAUGGGGCAAUCAAGAUGACUACCAACUAGUCCGGAAAUUGGGUAGGGGCAAAUACAGUGAAGUCUUUGAAGCUAUCAACAUCACAAAUAAUGAGAAGGUAGUUGUGAAGAUUCUCAAGCCUGUGAAAAAGAAGAAAAUCAAGCGUGAAAUUAAGAUCUUGGAGAAUUUACGAGGAGGCCCCAACAUCAUCACCCUUGCUGAUAUAGUAAAAGACCCUGUGUCUCGGACCCCAGCUUUGGUGUUUGAACAUGUAAACAACACAGACUUCAAGCAAUUAUAUCAGACGUUAACAGACUAUGAUAUUCGGUUCUACAUGUACGAAAUCUUGAAAGCCCUGGAUUAUUGUCACAGUAUGGGAAUCAUGCAUAGAGAUGUCAAACCACACAAUGUCAUGAUUGACCAUGAACACAGAAAGCUGCGGCUAAUAGAUUGGGGUUUGGCUGAAUUCUAUCAUCCUGGCCAAGAGUACAAUGUCCGAGUGGCUUCCAGAUACUUCAAAGGCCCAGAGCUCCUUGUAGAUUAUCAGAUGUAUGACUACAGUCUAGACAUGUGGAGCUUGGGUUGCAUGCUAGCCAGCAUGAUCUUCCGAAAGGAGCCUUUUUUCCACGGUCAUGAUAAUUACGAUCAGUUGGUGAGAAUAGCCAAGGUGCUAGGGACAGAAGACCUGUAUGACUAUAUUGACAAAUACAACAUUGAGCUUGACCCCCGUUUCAAUGACAUCUUGGGCAGACACUCACGCAAACGAUGGGAGCGUUUUGUUCAUAGUGAGAAUCAGCAUUUGGUCAGCCCUGAGGCCCUGGAUUUCUUAGACAAGUUGCUGAGAUAUGAUCACCAAUCCCGGCUCACGGCAAGAGAAGCCAUGGAGCACCCUUACUUCUAUCCUAUAGUGAAGGACCAGGCUCGGAUGGGCUCGACCAGCAUGCCAGGUAGUAGCACUCCCGUCAGCAGUGCUAGUAUGUUGUCAGGGAUCUCUUCAGUGCCAACGUCUUCUCCUCUUGGACCUCUAGCCGGCUCUCCUGUGAUUGCUGCUGCCAACCCCCUAGGUUGCCUGUUCCAACUGCCGCAGGAGCUCAGCAGUGAAGGAUGGCCUCCCAUCUCCCCAAUGCCUGACCAGAGCCACGUUGGGGCUGACCUUCCUCCUUCACCCUCUUUGCUUGGGACAACAAGAGCCUCCUGUGGCCAGUGUUGUGGGGAGGGAGAAGGGGGGCAUUGGAAUGCUUUGGAAGGAACUAUAUCUGAACAAGUUGCUUGUGGAUUUAUAGUAGUUCAGUCAUAAAAGAAAUAUAUGGGCUGAAUCCCCUCCUCCCCCUUUUUUACUUGAACUUUUCAUAACUCAGAGGAACCCCUGGAAAACAUCCACAGACAAGAGCGUUCUGCAGAUUGUUAUUCCCCACCUUGCUCACCGCCGCAUUUUGCCACUAAAGGUCUGAGGUUAGAUUGGCUUCUUGUGAUGAGCUGCUCCUUUCCUGUGCCAUCUCCUGGACGAUCCCAUUUGGGGAUGAGUGAGAGCAUAGAGAGACUGUACUACUACUCCCUCUGCUUUUAUAGGGUCUUCUGAGUUCCAUUUCUUAAAAGGCAGCAGGACAGUGUGAGAGCCUUUUAAUUCCGCAUCUUAACCUGGAUGGAUGGAACAAGAGGAGUAUAUAUGUUUACUGAAGAACCUUUUUCAACAGCAAGGGCUUGCAAGAUGGUAGCUUUCCUGUAGGGAUUGUGUCUUCUUGUGUGAGCCACCUGGAUCACCGACUGUCCUCCCUUGCAUGUGUCCUUAAUUUGGAGUCUCCAGGUUUCUCUUCAAGCCCACUUAUUUCUGUGAAAGAUGUUUUGGCAGUGGGCAAAUGAUGUCCCUGUCUUCCCCUGCCAGUCAAGGUGCAUUGAAGUCUCCUUGGUUUGGGAUUCUGGAAUUGAAUUUACCACUGGGUGUCUCUUUAAAAGUUAAAUCUCCUGCUUGGUUGUUUUCUCUCCAGUUUUGAAUGUGUGGGGUGAUGCUUGGGGGUUCACCUACUCACUCAGUCACUCAUCCACCUGCCCACUCCACUUUCUCCAUGUGCCAUGUGAGAAGACAUGUGUUUGGGGAAUCUGGCUUUUUAAAAUAGUUAGCUCAGUAAAUAGAGGCAUGGAAGGAGCAGUGAUAAGAGAGCAAUACCCAAAAUGAUAGACCUAUAAGAAAUCCGGGCUGUGGAGGACAUCUGCUUGCGUGUGAGUGUAAAAGAGAGAGAGAAUGUUGUGCGUAUGGGCACACAAGUGUAGGUGUGUAUGUAUCUAGAUAUAUAUACCUAUAAAUAUAUAUAUAUAUAUUAAAAAAACCCUUGUCCUUCCUAUGCGGAAAUAACCAGUGUUGGAAUUCCUUGCUGUAAAUAAAACUUUUAUUUUCUUUUUUUUUAAUUUAAGGUUCAAGGGUUAGGGAUUGAGUUGCCUGUGCAGAAAUUUUCCCUGGGCCAGUGUCAUACUUUUUACACACCGUUGCAGCCUCAAUAAAAACCAUGAACCAGGGCUUAGAGGAGGGGCUCAGACUGCUUUUCCUUCACAGUUUUUUGCACGUUGCACAGAUUGGGGUUCUAGUAGUGAGCAGUGUUCAGAAGCCUUACAAGAAACAUUUCACAAGCCAAAGUGUCGCCUGGAACAAACAAGUGAAACCAACAAAUGGAAGGGUCCAUGGCAUACGUAUUUCUCCCUGUCCCACCAUGGCGAGGGCAGUGGGAUUUUAGGGUGGGGACAGAAGACUCUCUGCCAGCUGCUUCUCACAUCUGGGUUGAAGCCACUGAUGGGGAGAGACUAAAAGCAGAUGGGUCCAGGAUUACCUCUUCCUUACCGCAGCCACUACAGAGAAGCCUAUUUGCCUAGAGGACGCCUCGCCAGCUUGAAUUGAUCACUUUGUUUCUAAGUAAUAUAUGCAACUUUGGGAGUUGGGUUAGGCAACCAUGUAUUCCUUCCUGUUCUGUUUAAAUUUCCUCUGGGUUUUUGUUUUGUAUGGGGCUGGGGCUGAUUAAGAGCAAGGAACAAAUUGGAGGAAGGGAAGUGUGUCAUCUUGCAUGCAAUAGCAGCUUAUGCACCAGAUCAUAGUGGCAGGUAGUCCUAGUCCAUUCAAGGCAAUGUAGAAGUUAGAACUUGUUUGAUGGUAGUUGGUAGUUGUGCCUGUCUUUGCACAAGUGUGGAACCAGUCUACACAGGGUUCUUUAAGCAGGUGAUCAGUUUCCUCUUGUUGUCUUGCUUUUCUUUUUACAUUUAAAAUAUUUUUGCAAGUGGGGCAAAGGUGGAUCCGACUCUGCUUUCUCACAGGACUGAGAGAUGCCAGUGGAAUCCACCCAAGAACCGAGGAAGGUAUGAAAUCCCAGUAGCCAUCAAACCUUAAACCAAGAGGGUAAGACUGGAAGGCUUCUGGUUCAGGGGAUGAUAACAAAAUGUUCCUCUCCUUUGUGCUAAUGCCAGUUUUGGUGCCAGAGUCGGCAGCAAGCUGAAGGGGUGGAGGCACAACGAAAUUGCAGAUUGUAACAACAUCUGUGUUGUAAAUUACCUCAUCUGUAUACCUUGUAUCAGAACACUUUUUUUAUAAUUUCUCGGCACUUCCUGUUGGUUUGUUUUUUCUGCAUUGUGUUAGAUGGGCAGGAAAAUAAAAUGCCAAUACAAAAUAGUCCUGUUGGCAACUUAACUUUAAAAAGUUUUUUUAAACAACGUUUUUUAAAAAUCUUGUUUGGGGUGAUGCUUUUUAUUUUUAUUAGUUGAAAUUUAGAGAGAGAUGAAUUGGUUCUUUUUUCCUUUUGGAUUUCUUGGUUGUAAUUGUAUUGUAAUGGUUAAAACUAACCCUUAAACUGUGCUGAGAAAGAAAUUGUGCCAUGGAGGUCUUUAAUUUUUUAAAAUAAAAUCAUUGAAGCAAAA